AUGCGUUAUCAGAAUUGGGACGUUCUUAUGUUCCCAAAUGAAUUAUGCAAGAUCCCAUUGCAGGAGUUCAAAACCUCCUGUCAAGUUGUUCAGGAUCCUGAAGUUCAUCACUCGCAGAGCACUGCUCUAUUGCUUCCCACCGUCACUUGUUUCGUCCCCAGUUUGGCUGCUGGAGAACCUUUUCGUAUUUCUAUUCAUUCCUGGCAAAACCCCGAAGCCAGCCGGUAUAUGCAUCAGAUCAGUAGCAGGCAUGCCGAGCACGUCAUGUUUGAAGCUCGUGUGUUUGUCGACGGACGACUUGCUGGUACUAAAUUCUUUCAUCGAAAUGGUCCAUGGCCAACAGUUCUUGAAACAAGUGUCGAACUCGAUAAACAGGGAGAUUUCAAAAAACUUGAGUUUCCAGCCUUUCAUCGAGAACUUCUGUCGCAAAGUUAUUGGAAUCCCGGAGACGACCUUGGCCGUGUAAAGGUAGUGGUAUCGGAAGGUUUCCCAAGGGAUAACCUUUCUAUGCCCUUUGAACGUGUCAAGAACUCCGUGGCCUUCUCGUUUCAGCAUGCUCCAUUAGAUGUGCUCGAAGCGUCUUCGAUUGCAUGGCCAAAUGCGACUAUGUGGCGCCAGGUCUCUCUUGUCGCACCUUUCUACAAUCAACAGUCUUCGCCGAAACGGGUCGAAGAGGACCGUGAGGCUCAUGCCCACUCUCCACGAAAGCCUUCAAUCGUUAGUUUCCAGUCCUCGCAGACGAAUUCUAUGCCACCACCACCAGCACCAUUCUCGCGACCUCCAAACUUCGAUCCAUUCACUUCUGAACCACCACGUCCUGCCUUCGCAGACUGGCGUCGUCAAGAGUCCACGACCGAUACUUCUAUGCCCGAUCUUUCAACCAAUCCUAGUGUACAGGCAGGAAGUAUUAGAAACGUAUCAGAUCCUAUGAUAAUUGAGAAGGCAUGCCGAAAUAACGAUAUGCAAAGUUCGGGCGCUUUUGAGUCUCUAUGUGAGGCAUUGAUGCCGCCUGCCCCUGAUAACACGCCACAAAACGGAUCUGAAGGGACAAUAAUGAACACAGUUGCACCUCAACAACCAUAUAUGCAAAGGGGACCUAUUAGACCCGGUCCAGUUGACCGUGUACCGACUCCACGUGUGCCUGGUGCAUCGGAUACAUCCGAAGGACUGAUAGCUCAAAUUGAAGAAGCUCGUUUCCAUCAUUCCAGAAGAUUGAGCUCUUCUUCCAUGAGUUACGCCAAGAGCAAUAAAGAAAACAACAACCGAAGUCCAGCAGCUCAAUCGGAAAUCAUUGGCUAUGGCAAUCAACCACUUGCAAGUGGUGAUACUACAAGAAGAUCUUCUCUUUUCACGUCGACUAAUGUAAUGGGCACGAAGAGGCAAAGAAAUGUUACGCCUGCGUCUUCAAAGGCUAUUGAUGAUGAGGAUGAACCGAGAUCAUCACCCUCGUUGAGAAGGGUUUCUAGACAAUCUAAUGCUAGUGGAAACGGGAGGGGAAAGGACUCGGACAGGAGAGUUUUAAGCGGAGUUGAAAACGUUUGA